CUCCCUUCAUUCAUAUCUAACACGCAUUUGGCUAUCCUUCUUAAUGGUUGUUGGCGUAAUGCUAAUUAAGAGCGCUCUCCUCGUCUUUCUUAACGAUGGAUUUUAGCAAGGUUUAAGGAUCUUGAGAAAAGCGGAGAGGUGGGGAAGAAAAGCUACAAGCAUGGUAACACAGAUCCCUAUGGAGUGCUGCAAGGUCUUGUAUUGAUCCAGAUUUUUGGCCUAGUGGAGUUCCUUUUAGAUUAAAGGGCCUUGUGGUCGUUGUAGUCUUCUCCUUCAUUGCCUAUGUUUCUUCUGCAACAACACACACCUUGUGGAAGAUGAUAGCUGGGCUGUUUGUGUCAUUGGUGAGAAGCUUUGUAUUUCUUGGUGAUGUAUGUGAUGAAUGAUAAAUAGCCCCCUCCUCAUUUUCAUAGAGUGGUCGGUAGAGUUAGUCGAUAAAUGAAAUCCAUGAGCAAUAGCGACUGGCUUGGCUUCUCUCUCUCUUCUCAUAUGAACACGGAGGUUGCUUCGGAGUCGCCACAUCAUAAUCAGAAUCAUGAAAGCCAUCGUCACUGUCAAUCUCAACUUACCGCCACAGCUUGUGUCUCUGCUUCGUCUGCAGUCUUCUUUCAUUCUUCCACCGCUGAACUCUGUUACGGAGGGGAAGGAGAGACCGCAGGGCUCUACUCUCCGUUGCCUGCCAUGCCACUGAAAUCUGAUGGCUCUCUUGGCAUCAUGGAAGCUAUCACCGGAUCACAACACUCAGGAAUCCUGCUGCCUGUGCAGCGGAAACUUGAAGACUUCUUGGGAGGCGGACCCACCACGGGGGCCCAUCAUCACUACGGCAACUUUGAAAGGGAAGCAAUCGCUUUGAGCUUGGACAGCCUCUUCUACUGCCAAAAUUUACACUCUGAGAGUGCUCUCCAUGACCACCAGAUUCCAGUAGUGCAACACCAUCAAUUGUUCUUGCAACCUGAAGGGAUGUGUGCCGGGCUACCAGAGCAUGAGAUGUAUCAGGGACCGCUGGAGGUGGGAGCCAUGGUGGAAGAAGAUGGCCUUCCGAGUCUCAAAAGUUGGGUGGCCAGAAGCUAUAGCGCUUGCAGCAAUCAGCUGGAUGAGGAAGGAAGAAUUGGCUCUAGUUCUAUCGAUGCGGUUGGAUUCGGGGAGUUGCAAUCCUUGAGCUUGUCCGUGAACCCUGUAUCUCAGUCAAGUUGCAUCACGGCUGCACUACCGAUUUCUUCUGCAACUGAGCGUAUUUUUCCUGACACGAAUAAGAAGUUAAGGCCUGGGAAAAGAUGCUUAAAGCAGACAAUCCAUAGGAAGUCCAUUGACACAUUUGGGCAGAGAACCUCUCAGUAUAGAGGUGUUACAAGGCAUAGAUGGACUGGGAGAUACGAAGCACAUCUUUGGGACAAUAGCUGCAAGAGAGAAGGUCAAACAAGAAAGGGAAGACAAGUGUAUCUUGGAGGGUAUGACACUGAGGAGAAAGCUGCAAGAGCUUAUGAUUUGACCGCAUUGAAGUACUGGGGACCAUCAACACAUAUUAACUUCCCUUUGGAAAGUUAUAAGAAAGAGCUGCAUGAAAUGAAGAACAUGAGCAGGCAGGAGUAUGUUGCCCACUUGAGAAGAAAAAGCAGUGGUUUCUCACGUGGGGCUUCGAUUUACCGAGGAGUAACACGGCAUCACCAACAUGGAAGAUGGCAAGCUCGAAUUGGUAGAGUUGUCGGAAACAAGGAUCUUUAUCUAGGAACCUUCAAUACUCAGGAGGAAGCAGCAGAAGCAUAUGAUAUUGCUGCAAUAAAAUUUCGCGGAGUGAAUGCUGUUACUAACUUUGACAUUACGAGGUAUGAUGUAGAGAAGAUCAUAGCAAGCAAUACAUUACUUCCAGCAGAGCUUGCUAGGAAGACCAAGGCAACUGAAGCAGGAAAAAGUGUUCCCUGGGAGAAAAAUAUUUGCAGAGACCCAGCUGAAGGAAACAAUACUUCAGGUUCUGAAUGCAAGGCUCUCUGUCAAUCCACUGAGGCACAUCUAUCUACUGAGUCUUGUGAUCGUGAACCCUUGAUGAUAAGUGGUGACUAUAGGAGCCCAAUGGUGUCACCGGCAAUUAAUGGCCUUAUAGAUUUAGAAACAGGGAGUUCUGUGCAAGGAAUAGGUGAUUCUGAGAAGAUGAGCAAUGCCCAUUUGUCAAACCAAUCGUCCUUAGUGACAAGCUUGGCCAGUUCCAGAGAAGGGAGUCCUGAUCGGAUUGGUCUCUCCAUCUUGUUUUCCAGUGGCACACCCAAGUUGAGUCCCACUCCACUUGCUUCAUCAAUUCCUGCAAUGCAAUUAAGGCCGACUAUUUCCAUUACUCAAAUGCCUGUUUUUGCUGCGUGGAAUGAUGUUUAAGCUGGUCAUGAUGACAAAGCCUGCAUGUAGGGUCCGUGGAGCAACAGCCAAGAAAAGAAAGCAAAGUCUGAUGGCUAAAGUGAGGUGAGAGGGUGCUUUUGUUUGUUUGUUUAUUUAUUUCAGUUUUCCUUGAGCAAGAUUUGUGAUUCAUGAUCAAUGCGGGAUUAAUCUUGCCUCACAUGUCAGUGGUUUCUUUUUCAAUUUCGCUUGAGGGGACAUUUUUAUGGAGAAUUUUGCAUAAAACAGGGUUAAUUCUUCAAGA